UUCGAUUGCACUUCUGGUUGUUCUUUCAAACCAUACAAUACCCGAAACUAGCUGAGAACUUUGUAGUUCAAGCGAUUGAAACAAAAAAAACGCAAGAAAACAGCGCUCCGUAGAACGACCCCGGAGAAUAGACACGCAAUUUUGUUCGACCAAUCUCGAAACGAGUGAAUUGAGGGAGUGAGCAACCGUGUGUGAGAAUAUUCGUGAUACAUUUCGAAAGUUAUUAUCUGAUUGUUUGCUCUGUGUUUGCGAAGACACACACUAACGCGCAGUGAUGGUUGUCGCAGUGAAAGUGUUCAAAAAAUCGGCCCCGAAUGGCAAACUGACCGUCUAUCUCGGCAAGCGUGACUUCAUCGACCACACCGACUACUGUGACCCGAUCGAUGGCGUUAUCGUGCUGGACGAGGAGUACCUGCGAGGCCGCAAGGUCUUCGGACAGCUCAUCACCACCUACCGCUAUGGCCGGGAAGAGGAUGAGGUGAUGGGCGUGAAGUUCUCCAAGGAGAUGGUGCUGACCAAGGAACAGAUCUACCCAAUGGAGAACGCCAACAUGGAGAUGACGCCGAUGCAGGAGCGGCUGGUGAAGAAGCUGGGCGCGAACGCGUUCCCGUUCACCUUCCACUUCCCGAGCAUGGCGCCGAGCUCGGUGACGCUGCAGGCCGGCGAGGACGACACGGGCAAACCGCUCGGCGUCGAGUACGCGAUCAAGGCGCACGUCGGCGAGGACGAGAGCGACAAGGGCCACAAGCGCAGCGCCGUCACGCUGACGAUCAAGAAGCUUCAGUACGCGCCGGUGUCCCGCGGCCGUCGUCUUCCUUCGUCGCUCGUCAGCAAGGGCUUCACCUUCUCGCAGGGCAAGAUCAACCUGGAGGUGACGCUCGAUCGGGAGAUCUACUACCACGGUGAGAAGAUUGCGGCCAACAUCGUCGUGACGAACAACUCGCGCAAGACUGUCAAGAGCAUCAAGUGCUUCGUGGUGCAGCACUGUGAGGUCACGAUGGUGAAUGCACAGUUCAGCAAGCACAUCGCCUCGCUGGAGACGCGCGAGGGUUGCCCGAUCACGCCCGGGGCGAGCUUCACGAAAUCGUUCUUCCUGGUCCCGCUCGCCUCCAGCAACAAGGACCGCCGCGGCAUUGCGCUCGACGGCCACCUGAAGGAGGAUGACGUCAACCUGGCCUCGUCCACGCUGAUCAGCGAGGGCAAGUGUCCGUCGGAUGCGAUGGGUAUCGUCAUCUCGUACUCACUGCGCGUCAAGCUCAACUGUGGCACACUCGGCGGUGAACUCCAGACGGACGUACCGUUCAAGCUGAUGAACCCAGCACCUGGAUCCGUCGAGCGAGAGCGCGUGAACGCCCUGAAGAAGAUGAAGUCGAUAGAGCGCCACCGUUACGAGAACUCGCACUACGCCGACGAUGACGACAACAUCGUGUUCGAAGACUUUGCCCGCCUGCGGAUGAACGAGCCGGAGUAAGCCCGUUCCGCCUGAUGCGGCAUUCGCCUUCAACCCAUCCUUCACCCCAAGGGCGAACGGCUUUAAUCCGGAGAGAAGACGGCAAAUGCCAUGUCUUCUGUUCCAUUUCCUCCACCGAGCACCCGAGCAGGCAGCAAACGCAAACAUGAAGAAAACACACACGCCCAACAACCUCCACCCAAUGCUUUUCCGCGCCAAGUAUGCUUUCUUUCAUGCCCUUUUAAUGCUCCCAGGAGCGGUACGAGCGUGCGUGUGAUGGCUGAGAGGGGACGAACGAGUGUCCCUCGGGGGGACACUACGUCUAGGCUAGCGGCUAGAGUGGUGGUCACCUGAGAGACGCUCAUCAGCCUUUCCCAGCCGCAACCACACGUAACAAUGUCCAAUGUGAUAACACUGAUGAUGCUAUUUAAAUUAUUAAACGCAAAAAAAAAACACGGCGCCGCUAAGCAACGAACGAGAGAGCGCGCGAUAAGGAAACAGCAAGAAGAAGAAGAAGCAGUAGAAGAAAAACCUAUCUAGUGAAGGAACAACCUACCCUAUAAGUGCUCCCCCAAAAACUAUAACGAUAUGAAGUAACGAGAGAAAAACGACAUGAAAAUGAGGAGUGUCAAUGGUAACCUCCGCCAAAAAACAAACAAACGACUAACGAAGCCAAAACCCCCUUCCAAAAAUCACAAUAAGCAAACUAACGAUUAUGAAAUGGUCAACACCAAAUAGACAACAAAUUUGAUUCAUCGAUUAAUUCCCUGCCGGAGAAACUGUGCCGAGAAGUUCCCGAGAAGCAAACCAGAACAUCAACGACUGCGCAGUCAAGAAAGAGGCAACGUACCAGCAACUCCCUUGGGAAUGCAGAAUCCCCAAAUGGGGGCGAUGGUUACAAUCCUCCCUCAAAGGACACGCACACGGGCAACGUGCAGCAAUUAAUCGAUCAAUCGAAGAGCAACUUAAAUCGAAAAAUGUUAAAAACGAACAAAAAAAACAAACAACCAUAACCAUACACAAGACCCAAGCCCAAAAAACCCAAGCAAACACCAGAAGUGAACGAAAUCGACGAUAAUCUAGUGCAGCUCCGGUUCGUACGUGGACGCUUUUCCCCGGUUUGGGUAUGGUGAAAACCGGCCACAUCCGAACCGCUGGCGACAGCAGCCUUAGAGUGUAAGACGUUUUAUGUUUCUGUUUUGUUUUUCGAAGGUGAGACAGCAAUUGGAGAGCAGGCAAUUUAAGGGAAACGAGCAGACAAUUUAGGCAAAUGGAAGGCUAGAAGCAACAAAGAAGCGCGCAGAGGAAAGAAAACAGGCCAGAAGAUAAAAACAAAAUCACACGAGCAAUGAAUGCAAUGAAUGCGGUUGGGCAGUGAAGAGUUAAGGAAAACGGUGCGGAGAAAUGGACAUGAAGUUGUCCUUUUCCCGGUACCGUUUUCACUUGCGAUUCAUUCACCCCAACUCGUUCAGCGCUCCUUACUGCGAGUCAAUUAUUGUUUCAGAUUGUGUUCGAUUGGUUGAUAUAAGCUUGUUUUGCAAAAUGGGGGGUUUUUCUUAUCUAAAGAAACCAUGCUAUAUUAUUACUUGCAAAUGCAAUAGGAACAGAGCAGAAAGGAAACUUUAUAAUCAAUAAAAUUAAACCAAAUUAAUUGGAAAAGAGAGAAAAAAAA